GAGAGAGGAAGAGAAAAACAGGGUGAAGACGCCGAGAACUAUAUCUCCACGCCUGAGAAACGAACCUGUAACAAAAGAAUCGGAGGAACCAGCUAGAUUUAGACCACUCCUUCGCAUCUCUUUAUAGUUCAUCUGUUGGUUAAUUAAGGGGGGGAUGUUUUCUCUCGUCCGAGACCUACACCAACGGAAAUCUGUACCGCUGGCAACUAUGGAAAACGGGACAACCAGAGACUGAGAUACCUAAACAUAGGAACGCAGGCAACAACCCAACAAAACCAAAAUAAUCAACUUUAUCGGAACCGUUUGGGAAUGCACAAGGGGACUGCGCUACGAGGGACUCAUAACAGACCGUUGUAAUAGCGUCGUGAAUAACCCAUUGUCAUGGAGUUCAUAAACGACUCGUCGGUCGGUGGAUCAGACCUGGACCUGAGAGCCCUCCAUAUCUACAACGACUCUCUGCUCUUCCAGAACAACUUCGGCGGUGGGUUCAACGAGACCGACGCCUUCCUGCCUGCCGGUGUCAAGAUCACCAUCGUUGUCGUCUACAUGAUGGUCUGCGUGGUGGGGCUGAUGGGUAACUGUCUGGUUAUGUACGUCAUCAUCAGGUACACCAAGAUGAAGACAGCCACCAACAUCUACAUAUUUAACCUGGCUCUGGCUGACUCCCUGGUCCUCGCUACCUUACCCUUCCAGGGAACAGACCUGUUCCUGGGCUUCUGGCCGUUCGGUAACGCCCUCUGCAAGGCCGUGGUCUCCAUCGACUACUACAACAUGUUCACCAGCACCUUUACUCUGACCGUGAUGAGCAUGGAUCGCUACGUGGCCGUGUGCCAUCCGGUCAAGGCCCUGGACAUGAGGACGCCCCACAAGGCCAAGGUGGUCAACAUCUGCGUGUGGGUCCUGGCGUCGGCGAUAGGGGUACCGGCCAUGGUGUUGGGAGAUGUGGAGGUUGAACAUAACAGUGUAGAGUGUAUCGUAGUCCUCCCAGACCCUCGUAGCUACUGGGACCCGGUGUUCGGCACCUGCGUUUUCCUCUUUUCCUUCCUCAUCCCAGUGGCCAUCAUCAGUGUCUGCUACAGCCUGAUGGUGAAGCGCCUUCGCAGCGUCCGCAUCCUGUCCGGCUCCAAGGAGAAGGACCGCAACCUGCACCGCAUCACUCGCAUGGUCCUGGUCGUAGUGGCAGCCUUCGUGGUCUGUUGGACCCCAGUCCAGAUCAUGGCUCUGGCCCAGUCGUUGGGCUUCAACCUGAGUAGCCUCCUCACCAUGGCCCUGAUGCACUUCUGUAUCGCGCUAGGCUACGUCAACAGCAGUCUUAACCCAGUCCUCUACGCCUUCCUGGACGAGAACUUCAAGAGGUGCUUCAGGGAGUUCUGCCACCCGGGUCCGUUCCGCCUCGACAGCCGGCAGCAGUCGGGUCGGAUGAGGAGCAUCGCUCGCGAGGUGGCUUACAACUGCAAGACGGCGGAUGGGAAUACAAAUCCCGCAUGACUAGGCGUGGAGCUGCCCUUGGUCUGCCAGGAACCCCAGAACAACCACCACCAAAGGACAGGGAACUCCAACAUGGAGCUCACCCAGAUCACUACCCUCUAGCAGGAUGUCGGCCCCCUGGGCUGGGGCCAAACGGGGACAGGCCAAGGAAGAGGACCGGAGGUGGCCCAAGGCAGGGGCACUGUCCGAAUGGCCUGGUUGUAGCCAGAUCUGGGCCAGAGCUGUUUGGAGGCCUAACAGCAGGGUUAGGUAGUCUAACGGACCUUCUACUAGGGACUAAGGGGCUUCUCUGUGUCUUUAGGGAACAUGGAUGUUAUUAACAUGUAUGUCAUGUUGUCUUUAUUUAAUUGGUUUAAUCAUUU